AUGAACCCAAUAGCUUCAGAAGGCCCAUAAUCAAAGCAAUUUAUAGAAAACAAAGAAAUAGUUUAAAGCUUCCUUGAAAGCGUUGAUAAAAAGUCUCUCGAUGAAAUCAAGCAAUGCAUUUCAAGAAUUGAAAAAAAGAUUAAAAAGAAGCAAAAUGCAUAUUCAUAAUUUUCCAGUGUAAAAGAUUUAAUUAAUUCAAUUAAAGACGGAAACGGAAGAAGUUGCCUCCAUUUUGCUGCCUCAAGAGGUGAUAUUCCUAUUUUCGAAUACCUUUUAAAUCUUGGUGCAGAUUACAACACUCUUGAUAAUGAAAAGAACAAUCCUUUUUUCAUAGCUGCUUAACAUGGACACUUAGAAAUAAUUUAAUACAUGGUUGACAAGCUCAAACAAGACCCAUUAUCAAAGAGAGGAGGAGAUGCAUCUGCAAUUCACUUAGCUAGUAGCAAUGGAGAUAUAUCAACAAUUGAGUAUUUGAUUUCUAAAGGAGCUAAUAUAGAAGAACCCAGCACUUUUGGUUUCCCUAUCAAUUGGGCUGCUGGCUAUAACCAUGUUAAAACAGUUGAAUUCUUAUUGUAAAAAGGUGCUUCCCCUAAUGGUGAUAAAAAGGGUGUGAUACCUUCUCCUUUAAUUUUAAGUGUAGAUUAUGGCAAAUCAGAUUUGUUUGAUUUACUUAUUUCACAUAAUGCUGACGUUAAUGUUCAUGAUCCUAAUGGAUGGAGCGUCUUACACUUAUGUGCAGAAAAAGGAAACAUUCCUUUUAUGAAUGUUCUUUUAGAAAAAGGAGCAGACCCCAACUACUUACAUGAAUAGAAAACUCCUUUAUAAUUAGCUUUCGAGCAUGGACACAUGGAUCUUUAUUAGAUUUUAAAGAAGCACACAAAAAAUGAUAUUAAUUAGGAAUUAGCAGAAGAGUUCAAAAAUAAGUUAAAUAUGAAAAAGGAAGAUGAAGAAUUUGUUCCUAAAACAAUUGAUAAUGCAAAGGCUAUAGCUUUAAAAGAUGAAGGUAAUGAAUUAUUUAGAACCUCUCAUUAUGAAGAAGCUCUCUAAAAGUAUUUAAGUGCUCUUGAAUACGAUUCUAAUCUUGUUGCAAUUCACACUAACGUAGCAGCUUGUUAUAUUUUCUUAAAACGUUUUGAAGAAGGUCUUCGCUACACAAGCAGAGCUAAAAAAAUAGACCCUGAAUGGAUUAAAACAUAUUUCAGAGAAGGAGAAAUUUACAACGGAAUUGAAAACUAUGCUGAAGCUGCUGCUUCUUUCUGGGAAUGCCUUAAGAGAGAACCAACUAAUAAAUUAUACAAAGAUCUUUUUAAUACCGCUAUGUCUAAAGGAAAGUCAUAAUACUAGCAAUAAAAUAAAAAAUAAGCUUCUAAAUGA